AAGGGCAUGAAUGGAGGCGCAGCUCGCCGCCGGAGACGGCGCGGGCGGGAUGGAGAAGCUGCGCGAGCUGCGGGUGGGCUUCAUCGGGGCCGGGCGCAUGGCUGGUGCGGUGGCCCAGGCGAUGCUGAUGGCAGGAAAGGCCAGGACCAGCUUCUUACAUUAUCCUGAAGCCCCAUUCCAGCCAGACAGUCCAGGAAGUGACCACAGUCGACGGUGCCAAAAGCCAGCCGAGCAAAGCGAGAUACAUUCCCUUCAUCCGGCUUCUGGCAUAGAUCCUCCACCAGGGCAAUCGAGGCUAUUUCAGUCCCAAAACCAGGUUGGAAGCUGGGCUAAAAUGGAUCAAGAUAAUGCAACUCGUCUGGGAAAUGGGCUUCCACCACCCGCUCGUCCACCAUGUCCAAAAAAGGAGCCUGGGAGACCAGACGGAGAAGUCCAGGCAGCGAACAUCUUUGCCAGUGCCCCGUCCAACAGGAACCUGGCCAAGUUCCAGGACUUUGACUGCAAGACCACGCAUUGUAACCUGGAGGUGGUGGAAAACUGCACCGUCGUCUUCCUCGCUACCAAGCCCCACAUCCUCCCGGCAGUCCUGCGAGAGGUUGCUCCCGCUGUCACUUCCGACCACAUGGUCAUUUCCAUGGCAGCUGGAGUCACGCUCCAGACCCUGGAAGAGAUGCUUCCCGCUGGGACCAAGGUACUUCGGAUCAUGCCCAACCUUCCCUGCGUGGUCCAGUCUGGCGCAGUUGUCUUGUCUCGGGGCACCUCGGCCGGGGAAGACGAAGUCACCCUGCUGAAGCAGCUGCUGUCCCCUUGCGGGCUGUGUGAAGAGACCCCUGAAGCCUACAUAGACGUCCACACGGGGCUGAGCGGCAGCGGUGUGGCCUAUGUGUACACGUUUGCUGAGGCACUGUCAGAAGGUGCGGUGAAGAUGGGGAUGCCGUGGGCCUUGGCCCAGAAGAUAGCCGCUCAGACACUCUUGGGAGCAGCCAAAAUGAUUCUGGAGACGGAAGAGCACCCGGCAGUUUUGCGGAGCGCCAUCUGCACUCCGGGGGGCACGACCAUCCAUGCUUUGCACGAGCUGGAGAAGGGCUCUCUCCGGGCCACUGUGAUGAAUGCUGUGGAGGCCGCCACCCGCCGGGCUCAAGAACUGGGCAAGAAGUAGCGGGCAGAGUGGCUGGGAGCCUGUGGGUUGAAAGGGCUCCCUUUCCCCCGCCAAGGAAGAGGGUCCCCCACCAGGGCAUGGCCUUUUCGUCGCCAGUCAACCUUUCUCCAAGACCGUCAUGCUAAUAAGCUCUGAUGAACUUGUGUGAUCCAUUCCAAACUUGUUCGCUGGAGGCCUGACGUGUAAUAAACAUAUAAAAAGCAGGCCGUCCUUGCCAAUGGCAGGAUCUGUCUGCCUGCUUUUCCACAGAA